UCAUUUACCAGAUAGUUAUAGAAGAAACAAGAUUUUUGGGAGUAGCUAACGGUAGGUGGUUUACCACUGAACACACAAAAACCACAAAAUUAUGUGUAUAUGUUAGCCACAUACAAGCCACUGGCAAUGCCACUGUUGAAAUUUGUUUCACCAAAUGGAAACUGAACUGACUAACGCCAAAACGUCACCUAAAGACUUGUAUUCAUCCUCUUGUGGUAUGGACAUUUUUAAACCAACAACAAUGGCAAGUUUAGGUAGUGAAGCUCUGUAGGAAGACGAGUAACGGCUGACGUUAACGGGAAGUCGACACUGGCCGGACAAUCAUGUUGCCUCGACUAUUUUCGUGGUUGCUGCUGCUGGUCUGUCUGGAUCUGCUCAGACAUGAACUCCCGGGGGCUCUGGCAGACUCGGUACCCAGCGCUGCCAAAACUUUAGUGUGGGGACCCGGACUGGAGACAAAUAUCGUCCUGCCUGCUCGAUUUUUCUACAUACAGGCUGUGGACAGCUCGGGAAGAAAUUUAACAACAUCACCCGGUGAGAAAACCUUUGAAGUGAAGAUUACUUCUCCAUCGGAGCAGUUCACCAGGAUCUGGAUCCAGGUUCUGGAUCGUCACGAUGGGUCCUUCUUGGUUCGCUACAGAAUGUACGCCAGCUACACGGACCUUCACAUCCAAAUUCUGUUUCAGGACAAACACGUUGCCAAGUCACCGUUCAUCCUGAAAGGCCCAGUCUACCAUGAGGGCUGUGACUGUCCCCAGCCCAGUAGCUCCCUAUGGGAGGACCACAUGCACUGUCCUCAGUCCUUCCCACAGAUAGACAGAGAUCUGUCCCUUUACGCCAGUGUCGACCCAGAUCGCAACGCUGAAGAGAUCCCGCAGCGCUUCGGACAGCGACAAAGCCUCUGCCACUACACUGUCAAAGACAACAAGGUCUACGUUAAAACAUUUGGUGAGCAUGUAGGUUUCAGAAUCUUUAUGGAUGCCAUCCUCCUGUCACUCAGCAGAAAGGUGCAGCUCCCUGAUAUGGAGUUUUUUGUUAACCUCGGUGACUGGCCGUUGGAAAAGAGGAAACCCGCACAGAAUAUUCAUCCUAUCUUCUCUUGGUGUGGCUCUAACAAUACCAGAGAUAUUGUUAUGCCCACUUAUGACCUGACAGAGUCUGUCCUGGAGACCAUGGGAAGAGUAAGCCUGGAUAUGAUGUCAGUGCAGGCCAAUACAGGGCCACCAUGGCCGGAGAAGAAUGCUACAGCCUUCUGGAGAGGGCGGGACAGUCGUCAGGAGCGCCUGGAGCUGGUCAAAAUGUCGAGGGCUCACCCCGACAUGAUAGAUGCUGCUUUUACCAACUUCUUCUUCUUCAAACAUGACGAGAGUCUCUACGGGCCGCUGGUCAAACACGUCUCUUUCUUUGACUUCUUCAAGUACAAGUAUCAAAUAAACAUUGACGGCACUGUCGCAGCGUAUCGUCUGCCGUACCUACUGGCAGGAGACAGCGUCGUGUUAAAGCAAGAUUCUGGCUACUACGAGCAUUUCUACAAUGAGCUCCGGCCAUGGGAGCACUAUAUCCCAAUCAAGGCGGACCUCGGAGACCUGCUGGAAAAGAUCCAGUGGGCUCGUGACCACGAUGAAGAGGUGAAGAAAAUUGCACUGGCGGGUCAGCAAUUUUCCCGCAAUCAUCUCAUGGGAGACAAGAUAUUUUGUUAUUACUACAAACUUUUCCAGGAAUAUGCCAAACUCCAGGUUACAGAGCCCAAGGUUCGCGAGGGCAUGGAGCUUGUAGCACAGCCCGGUGACGACCUGUUUCCAUGUUUCUGCCACAGGAUGCAGGCAAAGGAUGAACUUUGAUUCACCUGUCAUCCAGUUACAGAGCAAUCCUUCAUAUCUCAUAUGUUGCCAAAUAAUAAAGUGUGAAUAAGUUGUAUGAAUGUUUUGACAAUAUUUUGAAUUUUACAUGUUAUCUGAUUUUUAAAAUAAAUACUUUCUUUUUAUAUGUUUAAA